UCAGCUGUCGCGGUCAGACCGAGCCUCUGUGGGUCAGGCUGCUCAGAGUGCGCCUGGUCCCAGCCUGGUCGACACCCGCCGCUCUUCGGAACCGCCAUGGACCUGGACCCGGCCGUCCUCCUGCCCGCCGUCCUCUUCACGGUGGUCGCGGUUUAUUUGGCUUCAUCGCUGCUCCGCCGGAAGCCCGACAGACCCGCCUCCUCCUCGGCCGGGACCAACAAGCCCAACGUGGGAUACGGAGACGAUGUUCCUCCGUCCAGACCUCCGGGAGAACCGCUGCUCUCCCCGGGACCAGAACCAGAACCAGCAGAGAAGAAGCGGGACGUCCUGGGGCUGAAAGUGAAGGCGGCACCAGAACCAGUGACGGUCCUGGAACCAGUGAAGAUACCAGAACCAGUCACCAAACAAGCACCAGCUCAAGAACCUUUUCCAGAACCAAACAAAAUACAAGAAUCAUCUCCAGAACCAUUAGAAGUUUCAGUACCUGCUACAGAACCAGCUAAAGAACCAGAACCAGCUGAAGAACCAGAACCAGCUAAAGAACCAGAACCAGCUGAAGAACCAGAACCAGCUAAAGGACCAGAACCAGCUAAAGAACCAGAACCAGCUAAGCAGAAUGUGGGGGAACCUUCCCCAGAACCGACAGCAGCUCAGAAACUUGUCUCUGAAUCAUUAACAGCUGUGGAAUCUGUACCAGAACCAGAUCCAGAUCCAGAACCAGUUACUCUAGUCAACUCAUCUGUUGUACCAGAACCAGCUGCAGCUCCAGAAUUCAAUUCUGUCCCAGAACCAGUUAAAGUUUCUGAACCAGAACCUGAACCAGAGGUUGAGAAGGUGGAUGAGUCCGGACCAGAACCAGCAGCUGAAACGGUCUCUGGACCCACAGGGCUCGUGGCAGAGGAACCGGAACCGGAGCACAACUUUCUGAACGAUGUUGCUGCAGCUGCAGCUCAAAAUGAAUCCAGCAAGUUGGAGGCACUGAUGGAGGAGCAGAGGGUAGAGCUGACCUCUGACCUCACCUGUCUGUAGAGCAGAGACUGUUAGGAGGACAUGCUGAUUUCUGAUGAAGUUCUGAAGAGAUGAAGAUCAGCAGUUUUUGAGGCUUCCUUCAUGUUUUUGUGGCGUUAGCACCUCUGAGGUGGAGCAGAUGUUUCGUAGCAAAAGUGUUUCCCACCAAUGUGCCUUCAGGAGUUUUUGUGUGUGUUGAAGCUUUGUGCAGAAAUGAAGGAGUGUGUUUUUACUCAGCCUGGUUUUAAUCUGUUUCCGAAUGAUAAACUGUUUCUGUUGAUGCUGCAGCUUUACUUUAUCUGCUCUGAGUUUGUUUUAAUUUAAAACAGGGAAUAAAAGUGUGAAAAAAG